CCAAAGAGCCCUGAAACUCUUAUGGGGAAUCUUAAAAAAAUUGAUGUGCCUAAGGUGAAAUUGAACAAUGGCAUGGAAAUGCCAUCCAUUGGCAUUGGAACAUUUAUGGCCAGAGAUGUCAGAACAACGGUUAAAAUGGCCAUCAAAACUGGAUGCUACUUAAUCGACACUGCUCCAAUUUAUUUUAAUGAAAAUACCAUUGGUAAAACUAUAAAGGAGCUAAUAAACGAUGGUACGAUUAAAAGAGAAGAUUUAUUCAUCGUCAGCAAACUUUGGAAUACGCAACAUAAGCCUGAAAAGGUUUUACCAUCUUUGCAAAAGACAUUGAAAGAGAUGGGUCUCGAUUACGUGGAUUCGUAUAUGAUGCAUUGGCCUUUCGCUUAUCAGGGGGAAGAAUUCGCUCUGAUGGGUGUGGAAGAUGAAAUCCCCAUCGAAGAUACCUGGAAAGCGAUGGAAGAAUGCGUGAAACUAGGCUUGGCCAAAAGUUUGGGUAUCGCUAACUUCAAAGAAUCUCAAAUCGAACGGAUUUUAGAGAUAGCUGAGAUUAAACCAGUAGCUCAUCAAGUCGAAUGUCAUCCUUUCUUAGACCAAAAACAAAUGAUAGAGUUCUGUAAACAGCACGAUAUCGUUGUUCAAGCGUACAGUCCGCUGAGUUCAUUCGCAAUUACCCAUAAUGAUAGCGUUUUUACCAACGAAACGAUAACAGCACUGGCCGAAAAACAUGGUAAAACCAAUAGCCAAAUUACUCUUCGAUAUUUGAUCCAACAAGGUGUUGUACCAAUGCCAAAAUCCGAGAAACCUAUUCGUAUUAAGCACAACGUGAGCGUAUUUGAUUUUACUCUCGAUCCCGAGGAUAUGGAAAUGAUGGACGAAUUGAACAAACAGAAUAAGAGGAUCUUUCAUUACUUUUCCGCUUCACAAUUCAAAGAGUAUCCAUUCCCCUUGCAAUUCGAUAUUCCAUCUGCUAACCCAGUUCAUGUCGAUGUUAAGGAAAUUAUGGCAGAUUUGAAGAAAAACCAGAAGUCAUCAUAAUACAUACGCAUUCAUAUCUUUCUUUCUAUUUCGAAAAAAGGAAAAUUCUCCGCAAAAAAACUGAUUUUAUAAACAUUACUAGAAGUUUUUAAAUGAAUAAGCAUCAAAAAUGGCUUGGAACUGAAAAUUAUUUAUUUCCUGGUGUACCUACUCGUACCUUACAAUGUUGCGUGAAAAUAAUACAGACUUAUUACAUUGACAAAAA